ACCCCCCCACUCCCGCUGUCUCUCGCAUCCACAUCUCUUCAUUUCUCCGUCUGCUCAGCUUCUCUUCCUGAUUUUUUGUCACAUCCCUUCAUUUCUCCUCCUCCUUUCUCCUCCUCCUUUUUUUGGAUGUUCAUCUUCGACAUGCUCCUCACGUGAAGUCCGCCAACUUACAGAGCACUGUGGAUGCCGAGUUUAAAAAUCAAAAGAAGGCAAAUGCUGAUUCGGGGAAUAAGAGAAAAAUCUACGCACUUUUGCAUCUUUCAUUGAGUGCCUUGGCUUGAACGGAGCAACAGAAUGGACCUGUCGUUCAUGACUGCGCAGAUCCCAGUUUUGAUGACGGGAGCCUUUAUGGACUCCUCGCCUAAUGACGACUACAGCGGCGAGCACUCGCUCUUCAACUCCUCAGCCAGCGUCCACGCCGCUGCCUCUGCCGCAUCGGUCCACGGCCAGCAGGAUGAGUCGCAGUCCAUGUCCAGCGAUGCCAUCUGGCUCUGGAUCGCCAUCUUCGCGACCAUUGGAAAUAUUGUGGUGGUUGGCGUUGUCUACGCCUUUACUUUCUGAUUAACAUAUGCUUAAAAAGACAAACAUGCGCACAAAUCCUGACUUUUCCAGAUCUCCGGAGCCUAAAGUGAGGCCACGCUUUGUAGACAGACACUCUUUCUCUAUGUCUCUCUCUCUUUCCCCCCUCUCUCUCAGCUUUGGAUCAGUGUGAGUCCCCACAGGUGUGACAGUUGUGAUACUAGACAAUGACAUAUAGACUACUACAUUUCAUCAUCAAAGGGGAAGACUGUGACUUGGCUGCCUUCAUAGGCAGUGCUCAGAGCAUUUUGGGUUGCUACAAUUGGAAGUUUGAAAAGAAGCUUUGUGUUUGACAGCUCUUUAGUUAACAACAGAAACAUCAGACCUGCACUCUCAAGCAAGAAUUCUUUUCCAGCUUGAUGUUGUUUCCAUGUUUCUCCUCAGACAACACCCACACUUAUAAUGCAGAGAUGAGAAUGGAGAUUAAAUGGGGCUUGAGAUUCAGGUUGAUCCAGGCCAUCUUAAACAUCCAACCCAUAGCUGCUUAGCAAUUUUAAGCAAUGCUGUUUAAUUAUGCGACUGAACAGUCAUGGUAAGUGUUGAAACAUUUACAAAGUGCUGGGAUUAUUUCCAUGCCAGGCAGCCCUUAGGCCCAGGACAUUAGAGCUUAUUUAACAUUAAUCUGUGGAUGAAACAUGGUGUGUGGACAUGAUCAUCACUGUAUAUACUAUAUAAACAAUUUUAUCUACAGGAAACAAAGAAACCCAAUUAUGAAACCCAAUUAUUCACAACGGAUGAUGACUUUAUGAUUAGAUGAGAAGUGUAACUGAGUCAACCCCUUUGAAAUAAAUGGUCUUAUUGUCAAUUACUUAGAGUAAUAUUUGCCAGGGAUUAUUAGAACAUCUAAUUGUAAUGUCAUCGUCUGUUCAUUCAUGUUUAGACAUCAUCUACAGAUGUUAAUGAAAUACAUUUAAAAGCACAAAUUUAAUCACAAGAUGUUGUAGUCCACUUUAACUAAUUUGUGUGUUUUCUUUGUUUUUGACGUACAGCUUGUAAAAGUAUUUACUGUCACUCAGAAUUAAUACUGUCAACAGGACGGCAGAUGUGGAAAUUCAUAAAUGUAUUUGUUCAAAAGUAAUUCAACACUGACCAGAUCUGCAGUGAACUGUCUGAUACAUGUAUACUAAUGUGAAUAGCGAAAGGAUGCCUCAUUUUAAAAUGAAAUGUCCUCAUAUAUC